AUGCAUGCUGAUUACCUUCAAAAAUAUUCGGAAAAUAAAGUUAGCUAUUACACCUACCGGAAAGUGAUGUCCGACAUGUACAUUAGCUUUACAAAAUUAGGAAAUGAGGAGUGCGACUACUGUAUAUUGCACAUUCAGCAUGUAAAAUCUCAUAAUGAGGCAAUAGCCAUAACAGGUGAAAAUGUUGUUGAAAUUGUAGAAGGUUCUAAUGAAGAUGAAAAAAUACACGGAACAAAUAUUAAUCAAACAACUGGUUCUAAACUAAGUCUCUUAUCUUUUGAGUCUGCAAGCAAUUAA